CAGAUAACAGCAUCAAAGUACGAGCCUGGGAGAUACAAGACUGUGUCACAGAUAGACCUGGUACCAACAAUAUCUCUACUUCUUGGUAUUCCCAUACCUUUCUCAAAUCUUGGAACUGUUGUUACAGAUCUGAUGAACCACUGCAGUUGGUCGAAGGACUCCCACAUCAAGGAAGUCUAUCAUUCAGUGGAGGCAUUGCGCGUAAAUGCUGUACAAAUCAGCCGCUACAUCACUGAAUACAUGAAAAUGUCGUCAGAUCUACCAAAGCACAAACUGUUGUUACUAAAUGAACGUUUAAGAAAUGCAGAAAUGCAGCUGCAGACGUUAGUGACCAACAUGUUUACGAAUAAUAAUGCCGGAAAUGCGCACGAGAAGUUGCACUAUUUAGAAAACGAGUAUAAAGAGUACAUGCAAGAAGUGAGAAAGUUUUGUAAAGAAGUUUGGGCAAAAUUUGAUAUGACAUCAAUGGUGUUAGGAAUACUUAUACUGGCGGUGACGCUGUUGGUAAAUAUUUACUUGCUGCAUGUGUCGUCCAGUUUGUCGGAGGACAGAGAUAACGGUACGAUGGUUAUUGUGCUGAUCCUAUCAUUCGUUUUUGUGAUAUUCUCGAUAUUUCAAUCGUUCUAUCUGGACGACGGGGCAGUAAGCAUUAUGGCAUUCAUUUUAGGGCUGUUUGACUUCAUUGCCUUGCGGAUUAUCAUCCUGAUUGCAAGAAACAGCACGCAGAAAUCAGAGAAAAAAUUCGUCUGAAAAUUCAGUAUCGUUCUUACAGAGUAUCGGCAAAAACCUAAAUGCGUCAGUUGACAACAGUUUAACAGCGAUAAUUACUCUUAUUACAUCUUUGAGUUUUUUCUCGAAUAGUUUCGUUGUCUUUGAAGAUGAUGUUACUUUGUUUUUAACACAGACAUGUGUUUGGUUUUUCUUUUUGAAAGUAAUCCUGAAAUUGUGGAAGGAAACCAAAUUUACAAAGGAUCAUCCGAAGACGAAAUCAAAGUCAGUAAGAACAGAUAUGAAGAAAUUUUCUUCACAGUCAGUAAUUUUAGUUUUGAUGCUUACAUUUGCUUGUAGUGUGUGUGUUAGAUUGUCUGCAAAUUUCCGAACUAAACGGGAAGAGCAAAUGACUGAAGAAGAAGCAGCAGGAGAGACAGGUGAAACAAAUUUGGACACAAAUAAAAACAUGACUUAUUUUCUUAGUGUAGCAUGCCUUCUAGUCAGUAUUUAUUUACCACGUAAAUGGCUCGCGGAAAGCGGGAAUCUCAACAGCGCUAGUUUUUCGACACUUUGUGCACGAUAUUUAAUGCCUGUCGCAGCGUUUGCGACUGUUUUGUUCUGGGCUAUGCAGCAUCUUCCAAACAAGAUUUUGGAUUCUCUGCCAGUUUGGCAGCAAGUUUUGCUACCACAGACUGUAUACAUUAUUGUUAUAAUCUCAUUUAUUGCCUUCGUGAUCUCACCUAUGCUUGUGUAUACACUGCCAAAACAAAACAACCAAAUGUCCAUACCAUCAACUCAAAAUGGAAAGGAUAUCUUUCAGAAAGUGUUCAAGUACGGUAAAAGUAACUGGGAAAGCAAUAGUGCCAUAACCAACGAUACUCAAAACGAUGUGCCAAAGGUUUUCGGGUUAGGAACAGUGUAUUCUGCCGCUAUCAUGUAUAAUGGCAUGGCAUUCAUUUUAUUACUGUCCUUGUUGUUAGGUGAGGGAUUAUCGCCAAGUUUUCUUACAGCCAUUUGUGGCAUUUUCUGCUUUUUUGAGUUGUUUACGAUCUGUGUUAAGUUGUGUAGAGAAAGUGACUUGUUGCCAAAUGGCCUUUUGACAAUGUCGCUGAUGAUAGCAAAUUAUUUUUAUGGCUUUGGACAUCAAGCAACGAUACCUGCUAUACGAUUUGAAGCUGCAUUUAUAGGUUUCAGCGGUAACUGGGAAAACAAAAUCAUACCAGCAUUUCUGAUUCAUAGCAAUAUGUUUGCUGCAGAAAUAUUUUUCACAUUUUUAGUGCCAUUGUUAAUUCUUUUGCCGUGUACAAAAGGUGAGAUCGUGGAAUACUUCUCGUUUUGGAGAGACAGUCGAGAAAAUCAUUGGCAGGGUGAUUUUGUGAUGCACGAAAAUCAGAAAGUUUUCCGUCAUCUUCAAAUGAAGAUAUUUUUCUCAUUGUACUUGUACCAAGGAUUUAAACUCUCGGCUAGCAUUUUGGCGGCAGCUAUUCAUAAACGACAUCUGAUGGUAUGGAAAAUUUUUGCGCCAAGAUUCGUUUAUCAGGCGAUGUCAACAUUCACAGUAUUUGCUGUAGCAAUCAUUGUCACCAUGGUUCUGGCAAGAGUGAAUUCUUCGCUGACAAAAGGGAUGGCAAAAAUUAAGCAAAAUUCUUGAAAAGAUAUCUGUUAAGAUAACAGAAAUUUUAUGAGAGUGAAUUCUUCACAGACAAUAUGGAUGGCAAAAAUUAAGCAAAAUUCUUUUAAAAAGUCUGUGUAGAUGAAAAUUUUUAGAAGUGAAAUUUUUCAUGGCAAAGGUGAAGUAAAAAGCAAAAUGCUUCAGUGAUGUUUGUAAAAAUGUUUGAGUGAAUAGAAAGUUAUGAAGGUCACUACUCAUUUGUCAUUUUGAUUAUUGUGGCAAUGUUUUCUUGACAAAAUGGCAGAAAAUGGAUUUUUAGAUUACAAUGUAGAUGUUUGAUGAAACGUAACAGUUUGUCAGUGCAAAAUGUAGAGAUGGUACAUAAAAAUUCAAAUUGCAUCUGAUAGUACUUUCUGUUGAAAACUUAUUACUGGAGUACCUCAAUCAUAUAAUAGUUCAGUUUUCAUACUUGAUUUUUCAUGCUGAAAGGCAAUAUUUAAUCCGAAAAAUUUGGUCCUACUUGAAAAAUUGAAACAAGUGACAGAUAAGUCUCUAGGACUAUUUAUUAUCUGAACUAAGUAUGCAUAAAUUUGGAUGUGCUUCCCCAAAAAAUAGUUUACUUCAAGAUCUAUGAAUAGUGAUUCAAACAAAAAAGAUGAGCAUUAUCGUUCAUUUUCAAACAAACUAAUUCAAAGACAAUUUUAUUUAUUUAUUACCGCCGAUAAUUAUAGGUAUGGUAUGAUCAUAGGAAAGAAGACAUUAUUCAUGAGAAAAAAAUACAAAUAGACUAUAUGAACAUGAUGAAAAGACUUUAUGAAAUUUACGACAUCGAAUCCCUCAACAUUUUACAAAAUUCGUUUUCCAAGAAUAAUGAAGGCCUCAAAUUGUAUGAGUCAAAAACAGAGCGAUAUAAAAAUGUAUAUUCUAUCUGAUGGUCACCCCAAAACCAUACCAAAAACUGUGCCAAAAGAAGUAAUUUUACUUUAUAUAACACACACCUUGUGUUUACAAAUGUACCUAAUUUGCAUAUUUAUAUGACUGAGGUGUGCGGAAUCGCAUUUACCUUGUGGAAUCUGCAGUUAAAGAAACUUCUGUUAAUAUAAUGCAGACAUUCUUUAGUAUAAAUAAAAUGGUUGUGUUAGUUAAAAAGAAAUGACAAUCACCUUUCUUUAGCUAAUUCACCAAAACAACGAAGCCGAUGUCACUGUCAAAAAUAUUGUUAAGUGUGAGAUAAGCGAUAUGCUUCAGUUUUGCUCUUGAUUUGUUGUUGUCGUUGAAUACUUAGCCUUAGGUACCAUCUCUAAAAAAUGUAUUGAAAUUUUGUCUGAUGUACUGUUUGUCAUUGGACAGCAGUUUAAAUUCAAAUUAACCAAAAAUUUAAAAGGGAACUGAUUACAUUUGUUAAUUUACAUUGAGAUACCAUAGGUUGUUAGAAUAGUGCCUAUGAUGAGCCAACCAGUACUGUACACUACUGCUUAGAAGCUGUAUUGAAUGUCUUCUUUAUUAUGAUGUUAAAGUGGAUGUACUCCAGAUUUUUCUUUUUUUUUCAACGAUAUUUUUUGUUAGCCAAGGGGCGCAACUAAGGUGUAGCCUUUGAUGUGUAAUAACUGAUUUAUCUCCCUAUACUGGAAGUGCUCUUGAUCUUGUUUCAAAACUUUAUUCUUGUAAUCUUAAAAUCUUAAUUAUUGAAGUGUUUAGUAAUUAUUUUAUAUAAUUAUAAUUAAGUCUGAUUGUAAAUGUAGAUAAUUUCAACAUUUGUAUCUGAUAUCAUGUUAAUUAGUAUUUAAGAAUUCUCUUUUUAUGUCAUGGUGCAUGCAUUUCAUAUUGGUGCAGUAUUUUGUAUUUAAUUACAGUUCAAAUGACAAAUUGAUUAAAAUGUUUCACAAUGCAAACUUACCCUUGAUCUUUU